GCGCUGGGGGGGCGGGGGCAGUCGGGAGCGAGCGCGAGCGCGCGCCUUGGUGGUUGUCCAUCGCUUCCCGCCCGCGGUGGAGACAACAUGUCUGACCGCGGCUCCAACUCCCUCGGCUCCUCUCUGGGUAGCGCCGUGCAGUUUGUAGACGGGCACCUUCAAGCCGUGCGGACCAUCACCACAGGCCUGGUAGUGAUUGGAAUCGUGAUGUUGGGCAGAAGCAUCAGACUAAUGACUAAAUUUACAAGUGUCUUGGAGAUACCUAAUAAUUUUAUUGAUAAAAGUAUUAAGCUUCGAGGGAGAAUACAUCAAGUAACAGAAAAUGGACUAGAAAUUGAACAUAUUCCUAUUUACCUUCCUUUUAUUUCAUCUCUGCAAAGAAAAUGGCAAUCGGAUGGUCUCCUGAUGAUUAGGUUGGCGGGCUUGCAAAUGACCGACGAAGGCAGAACCUGGUUAACCGAGCAAGUAAAAUCUCCCCACGUUAUUUGGUUUCAACUUUUGAGAAGGGAUAAUUCUUUUGUUGAUUGCAUGGUGAAAUUAAACAAGGGUUCAAUUUUCUCAGUGAGCCUAAAUGAAGAGAUUUUGAAGAAAGGUCUUGGGCGAGCCGUAAAAAUCGAAGGCUUACACUCUAAUCCCAAACUGUACUGGAGGCUACAGACAAAAUUACUUAAAGCAGAACUGAAGGCGCAAAAAACAGGUAAAGGCAUCUGGAAAGAGCCUACAAUAUUGGAAAAAGUCUCAAAUAAUGUACAGAAUUCUAAUAUUUUUCACCAUUUGAAUAAUCUACUUUCAUGGGUCAAGUCAUUCAGAAACAAAUAAAUCCUUUGUGGAAACAUUUUGUGAACUAUGAUAUAAAUCUAAUUGUUGAAUGUAUAAGUUUCAAUAUCAUUACACUAUCACAAUUUGUUAUCUUGUUUAAGAUACAUAGACCCAUUUAUUGCUAUGCAAGGUGUUAUUUUGUUUUUCUGGUUUAUUCAGAAAUGGAAAUUAUUGUUCACUUUUCUAAACUGUACAUUGACUUGCUACAAUAAACAAAGCCUGUAUAUUGCA